AUGGCCGAGGGAAUCGACAAUGAUAUGAGCGAACAACAACGCGGUCAGGCCAACGUUUCGCAUGGCCAAGAGGCGGUUCGCUCCCCUCAAGUACAGUUCGCCGUUCCGGCAACAAACUCACAAACCGGGCUUGUAUCUAAGCCUACACUAAGUUCGAAUAGUUCAGCACCUAUCCCAGGACAUAAGAAAAAAAGUUCUUUCCAGAUCACCAGUGUUAUCGAGACCAAAGCCCGAAAUCGUGGUGAUAGUAAUGGAUAUGAUGGCGAUUUGAACGAAAGCGAUAUAGUUGAAGAUGAUCAUGAAGAAGUCCAAGUGGAGCUUGGUUUUUCAGAUGUAGGAACUGCAAAUGGCAAUGGUGGAUCUAGAUUUAAAGUAGUUAAACUGCAAUUAGAUAAAUCCUAUCUACGUGGCCGAUGGAAUUGCCACGACUUUCCUGAUGUGGAGUCUACGCAAUCUUCUACAAGUGUGUCUACUUUAUCUUCAGCAAAUAUAUCUGCUCAGCCUUUGAGAGACAAUGUGGAGAAAACGGACUCUCACUCUAGUGCAAGGAUAAAUUCAACUAGCAAUUCCGUUGGCAAUCAUAUAGCAAGUGAUACAGACUCGCAAUUGUCAGAAAUCCAAACGCAUGGCUCGGCUAUAAAGCCGCCGACAACGCAAGCAAAUGAACACAAUUCUAUAUCAGGGGAAGUACAUAUAGCCUUGAAAAAGAAGGAUUCUGAAACAAAAUUGGGAGGUGUUGGUGAACUUGCAAAGCAUAGCGAUUCCUCAGUAGCAAGAGUUUCGUUCGGUGUGGAAAAUUUUGAUACAACUUCCCCCGAAGGAGCGCAAUUACUUGGUCCAGCAGGGUAAGUUCUCCACGAGAUAUCGAGCUGUGAGCUAGUCUGUAUGUGGCGCAACGUGGUGAAGGCGAUAAUCGAUUAGAGUCCCUAGAGAGUUUUCCAAAAGUCGCUGUACAACGAGCUUUUCCUCGCGUGUAGAUGGCCUUAGCAAUGUUUUCGGCUAUUGCCCCCACUUAUUUUCGCUUCAAUAAGUCUUAAAUUGCAGUGUUGGAAGUUAUUGACUCUCCCAGACCACAUUAUUUAUUGAUGAUCCAUUGCUACAAGCAGACAGCUUCUUAAUUUGUUGGCGGCUUUCUCGUUCAUAAUUCUUUUGUUUAAACAUUAUAUCUUGUUCAGGGUUGACCAUAGGUAUUGUACCAUUUAGCUCAAUGUUGUGGUUUCUUAAUCGAAGAAAAAAUGUUUGCGAUGUAGUAGUAUUUUUAAACCAAGUGACCAUAAAAUUCUGAUUUGAUUCGUUCUUUGCUCUUUCACUGUACUGUUUACAAUAAUAUUAUUUGUAUUCCACGUGAGGUUUGAGGAAAGCCGGUUAUUGAGCUGGAGUUCUUCGAGUUUGUUGUGUAUUUGACGGCUGGUUAAACCAUAUUGUCACUGAUUAUAAAUAAAGUAAGUCGCCUGCUCUUUCUUAAAAGAAAUGUUUGAAAGAGAUUCCUCGAGGCAGUUUCUAAACUCCCUAUAUGUCGUACAAUAUGUAAUCGCAUUUUGUAACAAUGGCAUUUCCUGAAUUGUUCUCAGUCUAACUGUCCAAAUCUCUGAAAAGUUCCUUUCCGCAAGAAAUAUGCUACCAGUGAGGCAUAAAAUGGGAGUCAAAAAAUUCCUUAUUGAAAAUACAUGUAUCUUUCCUACAAAUUAGCAUUCUCUAUGAAAACUUCUGUGGUUUGGUUCAGUAUGCAGUUAUAUUGUACUUUCUGAAGACACAAAGUUAAAUCAUCUAUUUGGUAUUGCCUUUGUAAAAUGUUCAUAAAGACCCUUUAGUGUUUUGUACUGUAAAGCUGUUUCAUGAAAAUGUAAAUGCUGUUGUAUUUUAAUUUGUUGUUGUUGAUUGUCCUUUUCUACCAUUUUUCACUUUGCCACAAAAAUGUAGCAUGAAAUGUUGUGUUUUAGCUUUGUUGUCCUGUCAAAAUGUUCCUAAAUCCCGUGGUGAUAUACUGACAAUUUUUCAGUGAAUAAAUAAGAUGCAUAUGCCAAUGAAAUAUUGUUAGUUUUGAAUGCAUCAAGUCCGAUGUUUGUUCCUUUUUAAGUCGACGUUUGGUGGCAAAUUGGUUUUUGUAACUAGGUGAUUCACCUGAUCUUUGACUGAGGUGCGAAAUUUUGUAAAGCCAAUAUGUCCAGAAACUAAUAUUUUUCUCUCAUCUGGACAAAUGUCUAAAUCUCUGAACUUAUGGUAGUACAGGUUAAGAUGAUCAGACCUCCCUAUCAGGGAUUUGUUGUUGUGCUCUCUGAUAAUGCUUUUCUUCCAGUGUGGCUUGUUGUUUUUCAGAACCUUUGCUGGUUAAGUGAUUUUUAAUGUUAUGCAUGUCUUUCAUGCUGUGCGGAUAGCAAAACUCAAGGCGUUAAUUUCCAUAAACGAGAGUUUGUUUUGGCUGUAUAAGUUACUUUGAGCAUGUGUAUUCUUCCUUUUUUCUGAAGGUAUUAAGGCAGUGGUAAAAAAAGAGUACAGGUUUUUUUUUAGCUCUUACUGUGAACAGGGCUAUUAGUUGUUUGACAUUUGCAGUGGCCUUCGGGGCAAGUUUAAUCUGAGAAGGCAUUACCUCAUCAAAGAAAAAUUCCAUCUGCUGUGUUUUAGCGUGGUCAAAGUUUUUUUCUAGUUGAGAAACAUUUACCAUCUUCCUUGUGCAGCUGGAGCGAUCUUAGUUGAGAAUCUGUUACUGUCUUCCAUGCAUUCUUUUUAAGUAUUUAGAUUGCACCAAAGAGUGGAAAUGGGAAUUUCUAUUAGAAAAAGACUGUUUUAGUUUUAGAUAUCAUUGUUAUGCUCCUUUGAAGCUGUUAUCAUUUGUCUUAUUUUCUAAAAAAGGAGUUAAAAAAAUAACUGAAUUUAACUUCCUUAUCAGUGCUGCAAGUUACUUAAUCUGCAGAGAGGAACUUGUAAAAUGGUAAUAUUACUGUAUUUCUAUUUUGAGAACCAAUGUUUAUGCACAUAUUUUAUCCAAGAAAUGUGUAUAAUCGUGUUCAGCCACUUUUUGAAGAAAUGAAAUUUUUUUAACCCAUGAAGCCCAUGGACACCAAGAUUUCUUUUGGAAUACUAUGAUUAACCAAUUUUGUUGGUUGAGUCGUUGAAGUAAAAGAAACAAGCAAGCGUAUUAUUUUUAUUGUAACUCACAGGCUGUGUAAAUACUCACAGGUUAUUUUUUGGUAAAAUAUUCAAAUUUGCACAGGUGAAGCAUAAGUUUCUAGAAAUUACUGUAGUUAUGUCCCACUUUAUUUCUAAUAUUGUAUCCCUGAAGAUGUGAGUGUUGUAUCUGCAGAAGAAUAGCCAUGAGUAUCUCGUGUAGAAACAACAUUAAAAUUGACCAAGUUCAUUGGGUAAAAGGAGUAAUGUUGCAUAUAAGGGUGCAACAAAAAUAAAAUGGAUGGAAUAAACUUGAGAAAUUACUUGUUUUAGCAGCCAUAGCAUUGUACCAUCUAAAAAGCACUUGAAAUAAAAUGAUAAGAUGCAUGAAUUAUUUUGUUGGUCUACAAAACACCCUAGAAGAGAUUCGUAACAAACAUUCUGCAUAUUCUUAUUCCAGAAUACAAUAAAUUAAUCAAAUGCUUUAUUCAAAACCGUUACAAUCUGGGACCAUGAAAUAUUUAUAUCAGCCUGGAAUGGAAACUGAGACCUACGUUAAUAGAGCCUUUUCUUCCUAUGCACUUUUUUAGACUAUAGAACUGUUUGCCACUUAGUAUUCAUAAAUCUAAAUCUACAUCUGCUUUUAAGUUUCUUGAAAGAAGUUUCUGGAAACUUAUUUUUGUACACAAUUUUGAUUCAGUAUAGUUUUUCUUUUAAAGGGAAGUCUGAUUAUUGGCUUUGUUAUUUUACUUUUACUCUGACAAUUUUCAACUUUUAGGAAUUAUAAUAGAGAGGAAAAGUUGUUACGUCACAUUGCCAUAGUAGCAAAAUUUCUGGAUGACAUCAAAUCGAACGUGGAAUGUCACUUAAAAAAGAAUUCACUCUGUUUUAAACUUCAUUGAUCUUAUUCUAUUUCCUGCAAUAUCUCAAAUGUUGGCGAAAUUUUCUUGGGUUAAGUCUGAAGGGACCAUAUUUUCUGCUCCAGCUAUACAGGCUAAUUCUCAACAGACCAUUUAAAACAAUGUUUUGGUGGUUGCAGCAAAGACCAACAAUCAAACAAAGGUGUCGGAUUCUACCAGAUUUUGUUAGCAAAUUUUUGUAGAAUAAAGAAGCAAUUAUUUUAAGUCUCAUUUUAUUGCAAGGAGAUCAUAAUGUACUCCCUGAGGAAGCCAAGACAUGCCUUUUGAAAUAUCAGAUAAUAUAGUGAAACCUCCCAUAAGCGACCACUGAAAAUGGGAAGAGUUGGUGGUCGCUCACAAGAAUGCGAACUGCAAGAGGUCUCUUGCAAAAAGAAGUCCAGACACGUCCACUUAUUGGAGAGAACAUAUCGCAAGGAAUUUUUAAGGUUACAACAUAUGUAAAUCAUGUUGUUUCUAAAAGAUCUUCUCCUUGAGUCGUACCUUUUUAUUUCUACUGAUAACUUAGCACUUUGUCAUUGGUAAAGUAAAUAUUAGAGAGCUUUAGAUUCUGAGGCGAGGACAACUUCCGCGUAUGAGUAUGAGAUUUUCUCAGUACUAACUAGUGCUCUUGCGUGAACCUUGACUUUUUGGCAGGAAAACGUGAUAGCUGUAUAAAUUCUACUACGAGAUUUAACGAGUAAUCGUUUUAAGGUUACAACAUAUGUAAAUCAUGUUGUUUGUAAAAGAUCUUCUCAUACUCUGUGUACCUUUUGCAUACACUGAACACAAACAUUAGACCAUUGUAUCACAGGGUUCGUACAGGUCAUGGAAAACCUGGAAAGUCAUGGAAUUUAAGAAUUUUAUCUUCCAGGCCUAGAAAGUCAUGGAGUUUAAAAUAAAUGUUGGUCCUUGAAAGUCAUGGGAAAUGAAAGUUUUGUUUGGUAUUUUAGUUACUGCAGAUGACAAAGCAAGGACAAUUUAAGAUAGAGAGGGGUAAUUAAAGAGUGCAAACUGCACGCAUUUUUGUGGACACCUGAGUUUGUGUCUAUUGAACUGUUUAAGGUCAAAAAAUACCCCCAAACAAGGAUUGUGAACAUUUUUUAAAGUGACAACUAAACCUAAGGUCAUGGAAAUAGUCAUGGAAAUUCAUGGAAUUUGAAAAGCGCAAAAGAGUACAAACCCUGUAUCAUGAGGCCACUUAAAAAAGGUUAAUAACAAUGGAGAAUUCUAAAUCCGUCGUCCUAAAAAGUGGUCAUGGUCGCUUAUGAGAGGUUCCAACUGUAAAUCCUUAACUGGGAAAAUUGUGGCUUUUUGGAUAAGUGGUCAGUCAUGGGAGGUAGUCGUUUAUGAGAGGUGGUUACACAUGUUGGUUGGAGUGUACUUACAUGUAGGCUUUUAAUCUUUUAACCUUUCAACCGUGGCAGGAUUAGCUCAUUCGAUAGAGCGCUUGACUGCAGAGCGGGAGGUUGUGGGUUCGAUUCCCUGGGCUGGACCAAUACUCUGGGUCUUAAAAUAACUGAGAAAUGAAGGUACUUCCUUUGCCCUGCAAGCGGCUGGACCUUUACGUGGCUCGGAUGACCACGUGAAAUGGCAGUCACGUCUCCAGUAGGAGACGUAAAAAACAGUGUCCCCAAUUGGUACUUUGGUGCUAAAUACAUUGACACUCAAAUAAAGUGUAUUAUUUAUUUAUUUAUUUCGUAGCUAUACAGCAAGAAUUGAAUCAUAUAAUUUUGGGGAAUGGAAAGUGAUGAUACUUUUGGCUUUUUCUCUUUCAGACAAGGCACUGCAGAUGCUGAGAUGCCUAUUGUAAAUAAAAUUGCUACGGCAAUGGUAUGUGGACUCAUGGUUUAUCUUUUAUAUCAAAGCUGAUUGGCUUGUAUGUGUGCUAAACAGACUUCACUAGCCCAAUAGCAAAAUCCACUAGCCCUGGGCUAUCAGACACUACUUUCUUUGCAUGCAGGGGCAUAUGUAGAGUAUUUAUUUGAAAGUAAAUUGUAUUGGUUAUCCUAGAUUGACUUGCUUGCAAAUUAAUGAAUUGAUAUGUUCAGUAAUCUUGUGUAAAACAAAUUGAAACAAUUUGUUUCUUGAUGACUCUAUAAUCAGUGAAGAAAGAGUAGUUCCUGUCUUAGCUGGCUUAUUCUUUUUCUUCAGCUGGUCGGAGGUAAUCAAUACUUGGCAAAUCAUCUCUGAGCUAGCCAAUCAGCGCUAUUCACUUUUGUAGUAUAUGUUUAAACCAUAUACUCAUGUUAUAUACUAUCUUUGUCCUUGUAGGAACAAAUUACUCAGAUUAAGUCAGACCUACUUAGUGUUGUAAACAAAGAAGUUCAGACAUUAAAGGAAACAAUAUCCAAACUCACUGAGGAAAAUCAGGAACUUAAACAAGAAAAUGAAAAAUUACGGACCUUGGUGGAAAGCAAGCACUCUACAUGACAGUGGCCUUCAUGUCAAGAUGUGAUAAACUAGAGUGAACCUGAGCCUGAUUUUCCAAUGAACAUGGUUGUUCAAAAUAUUUCAGUGUUGUUGCAUGAACCUUAGGCAACAUCCUCGACAACAAUUUGCUUGUCUUUCCAGGAGAAAAUGCUUGUUGAAAUACUAUGAAGUUCUUGAGGGAAAAGUAUUGUUGCAGUCUUUGGCUGUCUGUGUUUUAAAUGACUGUCAUGAAUUUUUGAAGAACCCGAUGCUUAUUCACAAGGGAAUAAAACACCAAGAUGUCAAAGCAUUGGUAACCUCGAACUUCAAAGAUGCCCAAACUUGCUUUCCAGGAGAGAUCCCAGAUUUCAUUUAUUAUAUUGAGUACUGAAAACAAAAGAGCACCAGCCAAAGAGAUUUCAUUUAAAUGGUUAUGCAAAUGUUUGGGAUUUUGGCCUCGGGAUCAGAAGUUAGAAGUGGAAUAUUCAAGCCAUUGUAACUGCUUUUAGAAAGGAAAGAGUGGAGCAGAGGUCUUCAUUCUUGUUGACUGUAAAGGUUGCAGUGUAGCAGAAAGCAACAAACUAUCAUUCUAUCCAGCUUGCUUUUUACUGCACUACACACAGGGCCAGUUGUGAGCCUUGAGUCCUACCUUUUUAUUUCUACUGAGAACUUAGCACUUUCUCAUUGGUAAAGUAAAUAUUAGAGAGCUUUAGAUUCUGAGAUGAGGACAACUACGAGUAUGAGAUUUUCUCAGUACUAAGUAGUGCUCUUACAUGAACCUUGUCAUUUUGGCAGGAAAACGCAAUAGCUGUCUUCAUUCUACGAUGAGUUUUAGCAAGAAUGUCAUAGUGGUGGGAACUAGGUACCAAAUUUUAGAAGUUUAAUCAUUUUAAUCAUGAAGUAUUCCGGGUUAAAUCUCAUACUGAUAUUCGUCCUUGUCCUCAAAUCUAAAGCUCUCUAUUAUUAUUGCACAAACAUAGAACAAAUUUAUGUUAAAAUUUCAUGUAUGCUUCUCAAAACAGAAACAAAAGGGCAUUGUCAAUUUUGGAUCAUUGUGCCCUUGUCUUUAUGUUGAUUAUGCUUACUAAUAUAUUUAAAUUCUCAGCCUCUUAAAACAAACUUUAAAUGAAAACCUUAGUUGUGGUAUAAACUGAAUAAAUGCAAGAGCAUACUAGAUACUUUAAGCAGCCAUGACAGCAGUGGAAAUUAGAUGAAAGUAAAUUUGUGCAUCAUUGCAGUUAAUCCAACUCGCUCAGUUUUUUGUUUGUAACCAAAUUAUCCUGGAGCUGGAUUCCUUUCCAAGUUAGAAAGAGAAGAGAAAACUUAUUUUCUGUGUGUUCUUGCACCCACUUAAAUCAUUUGUCAGCAGUUUUUGUGUUGUACUUGUACAGAAUGUACAAAAAGGUGUUAUACAUGGGAAGGGAUGGUGAUUAAUGGUAUUUUCAUUGCUGUCAUUGCUUUAUAGUUGCUUAAGGUUCUCCAAAGAUGCAGUCACACCUAGAGAUGAUCGUGUCUAUUACAAGGGAGAAUUUUACUGGAGUAAAUACCAAACAUUUUGUCACUUCUUUUAUUGUUGCCUUCUUUUGACUGAACAAUGUGAACUAAUUUUGAUUUCAUCUGACUUAUUCUAGCAUUUGAAACCUAAACUUUCUUGGAUGGUUGUAUAAUGCUAUGGGCCAGAUAUUUAGAAUGAUCAAAGUUUACCUCAAUUUAGAGACUAUUGGUAAAAUAGUAGUCAAAUACCACAAUUAAAGAGACAUUUUCACAUGAGUUCUUCUCUGAAAUGACUUCUCUUCUCUCAACGGAAUGGCCCCUACUAACAAUAAUAACUACCA